AUGUGCGUCGCCUCUUCCUCGAAUAGACGUCGUGUUCGAUCUAGUGUUGCGCCAGCCAAAACACCACCUGUGAUGGCCUCUGCUUGGUCAGCAGCCACAACCUAUUACAACAUGUCCAACGGUGAUACGGGCUGGGGACACUUUUGGUUUGAUGAAUCGCUUAGAGCAAUCCGAACCGACUUUUACCCGACAUGUCCCUUUUUACAACUGUAUGCAGCCGGUAUCGAUGCCAAUUAUGUUCCAUGCACUGUGCUCUUCUACGAAGGACAAAAUUAUUAUGUGUAUCCAUCGGCACAUGUUUGUUGCAACUAUACAUUUCCUGCAUGGCAUCCGGAGUGGUUAUGUCAAAGCAACGCCACGUACAAUGGAAAUGUUCUUGUUAAUGGUCAAAUGACCGAUUUUUGGAUGGUCGAGUGGUUUUCCAAUUUUACUGGUGUGGGCCCAAUACGAAAUCUUCGCAAUAUGUACACUGUAGCGGAUUCGCGUAUUCCUGUACGUUUUCGAGAAGAUCUAGAUACGGGUUACCUCGAUUUUCACGAUUAUGUCGAAGGUCCUAUUGAUCCAACUAUAUUCACUUCAGUGAUUGAUGCCUAUGGUCCAUGUCAUCCAGGUCACGGUGAUGCUGGUAGUACUGAUCGGACAUGCACUCGUUAUAAUUCGCAAACACUACGUCGUUCAUGGCCAUAACAUAAAUUAUCACAUUGUAAUGCAACAUCAUCAAAUAUUUGUUCAUAUUGUCAUCAACCAUUAAAUAAUAAAAGUGUUUAUAAACGUCGUUUAUAUGAACAUAAUAAUAAUCAUCAUCAUUCGAAAACUAAAACAAAAUUAUUUACUAAUAAUAAUGAUAAUAUUCCAUUCGCUAUUGCAUGUAUUGUAUGCAAACAAUCAUUAAUAAGUGAACGCGAAAUUGAUUUACAUGCAAAAUUUCAUUUAGCAAUUUUUUUAAAUAAAAUACUAACAACAAGAGAAACAUCAUUAACAAUAAUAACAAUUACAUGUAAUCAAUGUCAUCGAUCAACAAAUAUUAAUCGAGAUUUUUUUAGAGCUUCCAUCCUUUAA